AUAGUUUGAUUUAUAAACCCUAUAUAGCAUGGACACUAUGCUAGUACUACUAUAAAAGUUAGUGAAAUCUAUUUUAUUAAAAAAAAAAAAAAAUUAGUGUAAAAGUGUAAAGUAGAAAUGUAGGAUUGUCUUCCAAAAAAAAACAAAAAAUUAGAAAUGUAGGAUUUGCCGUUGUGUGAGUGGGUGUGACUUUUCUAUCCUGCAAAUUCAAAGUCUUAAAGAUAUGUCUUUCCCGUUGUGCGCUUCCUCCGUUCAAAUUCUAAAGUUUCUUCCACUACAUUCUCCCAUUUCAAGAAAAUGGGAAAAUUGCAGAUUAAAAACUGGGAUUUUCUACUCAUUGAACAAUUACUCCAGAAAUUGUAAGAAAAUUAGUUUGCAAUUGAAUUGUUGUUCAAAAAUGGGUUCUAAUGGAGAAUCGAAAUUGGUUUGGAUAUGGACUGAGAAUAAGCAAGUAAUGACUACUGCAGUGGAAAGAGGAUGGAAUACCUUUAUUUUUGAUGUCAAUUCUAAAGAGCUUGCCAAAGAUUGGUCUUCAAUUGCAUUAAUAAAUCCUAUGUACGCCAAAGACGGAGCUCUGUUAGACCCAGAAAAUAGAAGUGUAGCUUCAUUAUUGGAGAUAUCAUCUCCUCAACAGUUAGACCUAAUGCUCCUCACUGAUUUGUCAGAGAACACUGUCAUUCAUUUACUAGAUUGGCAGGUGAUACCUGCGGAAAAUAUCAUUGCCGCUUUCCAAGGAAAUGACAAGAGAAUUUUAGCUGUUGCCGAAACUUUCAUAGAGGCCCAAAAUUUCCUAGAGGCACUUGAACAUGGUCUUGGUGGCGUUGUCUUAAAAGUUCAGGAUGUUGAUCCGGUUCUCAAAUUGAAGGAAUAUCUUGACAGGAAAAAUGAGGCCAGAAAUUGCUUGACACUGAUAAAAGCAACAAUAAAUCAAGUACUCAUGGCUGGAAUGGGGGAUCGUGUUUGUGUGGAUCUUUGUAGCCUUAUGAAACCUGGAGAAGGACUUCUGGUGGGUUCUUUUGCUCGAGGACUUUUUCUUGUGCACUCUGAAUGUCUGGAGACUGAUUACAUUGCUAGUCGGCCUUUUAGAGUUAAUGCGGGACCUGUACAUGCAUAUGUUGCUGUCCCCGGUGGAAAGACAUGCUACCUGUCUGAGCUAAAAGCAGGGAAAGAGGUGCUUGUGGUUGACCAGAAUGGACAGCAAAGAACUGCAAUUGUUGGCCGCGUUAAGAUAGAGACCAGACCAUUGGUUCUAGUAGAAGCCAAGGGUUCUGAUCAAAGUUCUUACAGUAUACUCUUACAGAAUGCAGAGACAGUUGGUUUUGUUUCCCCUUAUGGAGGACAUGGUUGUAAAAGAACUCCCAUUCCCGUGACUUCUCUGAAAGUUGGUGAUGAAGUUUUGCUCCGGGUGCAGGGUGGAGCUCGGCACACUGGCAUAGAGAUUCAGGAAUUUAUUGUAGAAAAGUAAAGAUGCUGCUGAUGACCACUUCGGACAGUUUUCGAUCUAUUGUCAGGAAAUUAGUACACCUAUAAUGUUGUUACCUUCUAUCAAUCAUGAGGUAUAUGUUAUUUUGGUAAGAGCUUGUGCACCCUGCGGCCUGCACCCAGCUUGGGGUGUGUAUACCACAUUGUCACGUGCGUAACAGUGGUGAUAGGGCGUGUUUACAUCAUGUAUCACGAGUCAAUGCGUAACAGAGGUAAAGAAAUCAAUAAAUUGUGUGAUUAAAGUUGUAAAAGAUGUAUUUUUUUUUCUUAAUUCUUAUAACAUUGUAGGUUAUAUAAUUUUUUCAUAAUGUGGUGGUGUUUAGAUUUGAUGUUAUACCAUGGUUGUUCGAGACAAAUUUUAGAUUAGGUUUUAUUUCGUUUGUUUUGAGGAGUUUGAUAAUCAAAUAACAAUUCUUUCAAAAAAAAAAAAAAAAAAAA